AUGGGAGGGGCUUUCUGUGGCGACCCUGAAGGAUGGGGUCCUCUGUCUCCCGCUGGCAGAAGUGAUUUUACACCUUGCUUUCUUGAUGCCACCAUCGAUUUUAUUAGUUUAGCCGUGAUUGUUCUCGGAUCUUUUCAGAUAUUCCGGCUCUCCCGCAAGAAAGCGUAUCCCAGCGAGAAUAAAGAGGAUAGCUGGUGGUAUAUUGGUGGGAAGAAUCUGGGAUAUUGGUCAAAGUUGAUCUUGGUUGGGGUAACAAUCGUUGCCACAGCAUUGCUUGCCUCCUUACAAAUCGGAUAUUCUCCCUCAUGGCCCCAUGAGAUAAGCUUUUGGACACCAGUUCUCAGUUGCAUUGGUUUAGGCGUUGCCUUUGCCAUUCACCAUCUUGAAUAUGACCGAUCUCGAGUUGCAAAUGGCGUACUCCUGUUUUACUGGCUUUUUUUCAUCAUCGUUCAUGGAAUAAGACUACGCUCAUCGGUGGUUCUCCGCGAUGAUCAUGGUCAUCUCCCGCGACUCGUAGCUUUGGCAGUCAUCGAGGCCGCGGGAAUUGCCGUGUUCCUGUUAGAAUUGAUGGUACCUCAAUCAAAGAGCGAUUAUGGUGAAAUUGGCGACGAGGAAGUAGAAAACGAAUGUCCGAUUGAGACGGCAAAUGUCUUCUCUAGGCUCACCUUUGGUUGGAUGACGCCUAUCAUGAAGGAAGGCUACAGUAAGUUUUUGACGGAAGACGACCUUUGGAGCCUCCGAAAAAGUGAUAGCACCCUUACUACAAGCGAUGAUUUCAACCAGGCAUGGGAGACUCAGCUCCGGAAGGAAAACCCCAGCAUCUGGAUAGCCCUUUUCACUGCAUUUGGUGGUCCCUACUUCAAAGGAGCACUCUUCAAAGUUGUUCAUGAUAUUUUAGCCUUCGCACAACCACAGCUACUAAGGCUUGUAAUUUCUUUUGUUGCCUCAUAUAAUUUUGGCAAUGACCCGCAGCCUCUUGUACGAGGUAUCGCUAUUGCCGCGGCGAUGUUCGCGACCAGUUUAAUUCAAACAGUCGCUUUACAUCAGUACUUCCAAUAUGCAUUUGAAACAGGUAUGAGGAUUAAAAGUAGUUUAACGGCGGCAAUAUACAAGAAGAGCAUGAGACUCUCAAACGAAGGGCGAGCUGCAAAAUCUACCGGAGAAAUUGUCAAUUUGCAGGCUGUGGACACCCAGAGACUUCAAGAUAUAACCCAAUACGGACAACAACUUUGGAGUGCCCCAUUUCAGAUUGUGCUAUGUAUGCUCUCGCUAUAUCAAUUGUUAGGGCCCAGCAUGUUCGCGGGUAUUGCGGCAAUGCUUGUUAUGAUCCCCAUCAAUGGCAUUAUCGCUCGUCUCAUGAAAAAACUCCAGAAAACUCAAAUGAAGAACAAAGAUUCCCGUACCCGUUUGAUGACGGAGAUUUUGGCCAACAUGAAAAGUAUUAAGCUUUAUGGUUGGGGUACACCUUUCAAAGCGAAAUUAGAUCACGUCAGAAAUGAUCAAGAGCUAUACACUCUCAAGAAAAUCGGCGUUGCUCAGGCAUUUUCCAGUUUCACUUGGUCGAGCACCCCAUUCUUGGUCUCGUGCUCGACUUUUGCUGUUUUUGUCUUUACACAAGAUAAGCCUUUGACCACCGAAAUUGUCUUUCCUGCGUUGACUCUAUUCAACCUUCUUACGUUCCCUCUUUCCGUUCUUCCCAUGGUCAUCACGGCUGUGGUCGAAGCAGGCGUAGCUGUAGGACGUAUCACGUCAUUCUUGACUGCUGAAGAGCUUCAAUCUGAUGCGGUUGUGCGCGAGACUCCAGCAAUUAAUAUCGGAGAGGAGGCUCUUAGAGUUACUAAUGGAACUUUUACUUGGAAUAGAGCCGAAAUUGGUAAGAACGCGCUAAACAACAUCAACUUCACUGCGAACAAAGGUGAACUAAAUUGCGUCCUUGGAAAGGUCGGCGCAGGGAAGUCGAGUCUGUUACAGGCACUUCUGGGUGAUUUGUGGAAGGUUAAUGGCCAGGUUGUGCUGAAGGGAUCCACUGCCUACGUUGCUCAGCAAGCAUGGGUUAUGAACGCUUCUGUAAGGGAAAACAUUGUUUUUGGACACCGUUUCGAUCCCGAAUUUUACCAAAAGACGGUAAGAGCUUGUGCUCUAUUGGAGGACUUUGACGCACUUCCCGAUGGCGAUGAAACACAAGUUGGAGAGAAGGGAAUUUCAUUAUCCGGAGGUCAAAAGGCUAGACUUACGCUUGCACGUGCGGUCUAUGCUAGGGCUGAUAUCUAUUUACUCGAUGAUCCUCUCUCUGCUGUUGAUCAACAUGUUGGAAGGCAUUUGAUUGACAACGUUCUCGGCCAAAACGGACUCUUGGCUGGAAAAACAAGAAUUUUGGCAACGAAUUCGAUUCCAGUCUUGAGGGAGGCGAACUACAUUCAUCUAUUGACAAAGGGCGAAAUAGUUGAAUCUGGUGACUAUGACUCGGUGAUGGCUAUGAAGGGCGGCAUUUAUAACAUCAUUCGUCAUAUGAAGGAUUCACGCGAUCAAGAGGUUGAUGACAAAAGUAGCGACUCUUCAACAAUCAUUGGCACUGGACCUGGCACGUCUCAAGAAGUCUCGAGCGAGGAAGAUGAGGUUCCUGAACUUGGCACCACUUCUGCCUCAAAACAGAAAAACAGACGGAUGUCUCUUAGAAGGGCAUCUGCGGCAAGUUUCAACAAAGAUAGGCGCAGGGUGGUUGAUAUGGAGGAUGGCACAAUCAAACGAACAGUUCAGGGAAAAGAGUUUUCUGAGAAAGGAAAGGUCAAGUGGAGUGUUUAUGGAGAAUACGCAAAGGCCAGUAAUUUGUUUGCCGUUGCGGUCUAUAUGCUUUUCCUUCUUGGCGCUCAAGCUGCAUCGGUUGGUGGAAAUGUUUGGCUCAAGCAAUGGGCCGAGUCGAACAGCGAAAAGCGGGAGAAUGCACAUGUCGGUAAGUAUAUCGGGAUCUACUUUGCUUUUGGAAUCGGUGCUGCCGCCCUUGUUGUUCUUCAAACAAUGAUCCUUUGGGUUUUCUGUGCUGUCGAGGCCGCACGAAAAAUGCACGAUAAGAUGGCUGUUGCUAUAUUCCGUAGCCCCAUGCAGUUCUUUGAGACUACGCCUGCAGGUCGUAUUUUGAAUCGAUUUUCCAGUGAUAUCUAUAGAAUUGACGAGGUGCUUUGCCGAUGUUUUAAUAUGCUCUUCCAGAAUAGCGCCAAAUCAAUUGCAACCAUUGUAAUAAUUUCGGUAGCGACGCCUCCUUUUGUCGCCCUCGUCAUACCACUCGGAUGUCUGUACUUAUAUAUUCAACGGUAUUAUUUGCGCACGUCAAGAGAGUUAAAGCGACUUGAUAGCGUGUCAAGAAGUCCAAUCUACGCCCACUUUCAAGAGUCUUUGGGAGGCAUUUCUACCAUUCGAGCUUAUCAGCAACAGUCUAGAUUUAUAAAUGAAAACGAGUGGAGGGUUGAUGCCAACCUCCGGGCUUACUUCCCGUCCAUCAACGCAAACAGAUGGUUGGCUGUACGCUUGGAGUUUAUCGGAUCAAUUAUUAUUCUUGGGGCUGCAGGCUUUGCCAUCGCUGCGGUUGCAAGUGGAAGCAACCUUUCGGCGGGAAUGGUUGGACUUACCCUAUCCUAUGCCCUGCAGAUUACACAAUCUCUCAAUUGGAUCGUUCGGCAAACCGUUGAAGUCGAGACAAACAUCGUUUCUGUGGAGAGGGUGCUUGAGUAUGCGGCCCUCCCAAGCGAAGCAGCCGAGAUUAUUCCCAACCAGAGACCAAGCACGAGUUGGCCUGCUCAUGGCGCAGUUUCUUUCCAAAAUUACUCAGCCCGAUAUCGUCCCGGACUGGAUUUGAUUCUAAAGGAUAUCAGCUUGGACAUUAAGCCUCGUGAAAAGAUUGGAAUUGUCGGCAGGACCGGUGCGGGGAAGAGUUCCUUGACUCUUGCGCUGUUUCGAAUCAUUGAACCGGCAAGCGGCAACAUCAGUAUUGAUUCGGUCAACACUUCUGCUAUUGGUCUGAAUGACUUACGGCAACGACUGGCUAUUAUCCCGCAGGAUGCAUCGCUAUUUGAAGGUACUGUAAGGGACAAUUUAGAUCCCAGUAACGUGCAUGAUGAUACAGAGCUUUGGACGGUUUUGGAACUUUCGAACCUCAAGGAAAAGGUCUCGUCAAUGGAUGGAAAACUUGAUGCACGAGUACACGAGGGCGGAUCUAAUCUCUCCGUUGGCGAGCGUGCUCUCGUCAAUCUUGCGCGUGCGCUUCUGACACCGUCCAACAUCUUAGUGAUGGAUGAGGCGACGGGUAGUAUAGAUGUUGAGACGGAUAAUAUGCUGCAACGAACCAUCCGGGACCGAUUCCGCGAUAGGACCAUUUUAACUAUUGCCCAUCGUUUAGAUACCAUCAUCGACAGUGACCGAAUUAUUGUCCUUCAGGCUGGCCGUGUGGCUGAAUUUGACACACCCGCCGCAUUACUUGAGAAUAAGGAAUCACAAUUCUAUUCUUUGGUGAAGGAGGCCGGUAUGUUGGAAGGUGCUGGCGCAACGUCAAGUUGA